AUGAUUUUUGGAAGAAUUUUUUAUUAUGUAUCGAAAUAUUGUAAAGAAAAUAAUAUUUUAUUUUUUAUGAAAAAAUACAAUUUUUCGUCGAAGAAGAAUAUUAAAGAUUGUUUAAAAGAAAACACUAAUAUGAUAGAAUAUGGCAAAGUAAAUAUCCCAUCAUAUAAAAGUUAUAAAGAACAUAAAUUAAAAAUUAUAUAUGAAAAUGAUUUCUUUAUAGUUGUAAAUAAACCUUAUGAUAUAAAAUUAGAAAAAGGAAAGUAUGACGAUAUAUAUCCAUCAGUAGAAACUUUAAUUCGUCAACAAAAAAAAUUAGAUAUUCUGAGAAUAUGUGGGCAAUUAGAUUAUGCAACAAGUGGUCUUUUAAUUUUAGCAAAAGAUAAAUUAAGUUCAAACAUUUUAAAUUAUAAUAUUGAGUGUAAAAAUAUAAGCAAAAUAUAUUUAUCCAUAUUAUAUGGCCAUUUGCCAUUAGAUAUAUUACAUAUAAAUGCUCCUAUAAGUAAAAUUAAGAAUGAAUUUAAAAUGAAAUUAUGUUAUAAUUAUAAUGGGUAUUAUGAUAAUGGAAAGUAUUGCUACAGUUUAAUUUAUCCUUAUAAGCACUGUUAUUUAAAUAAUGAAAAAGUUACUUUAUGUGAAAUGAGAACAAUAACGGGAAGAAGACAUCAACUCAGAUUACACUCCAUUUACAUAGGUAGUGGAAUCGUUGGUGAUGCGACAUAUUUUGAAGAUAUGAUAAUUAAUAAGUACAAAAUAAAUUGUAAUAAUACAAGUAAUGAUAAAGUGAAAGAUGAAAAAAACCAUGUCAAAAAAAUGAAUAAUGAUAUAAAUGAUUUUCAAAAUAUACCUGUAAAAAAAAUAGAGGUUGAAAGAAUGAUGCUACACUGCUGGAUAAUAAAAAAAAAUAAAAAUAAACAAAUAAACAAUUUAAAUAAAAGUGACAAUAUAAAUAUUUUGGAAAAAAAAAUAUUCGAUACAGAUUAUAUAAUAUGUGAUGAUGAAUUAAGCCAAUAUGUUAAUGAAAAACAACGAACAUAUGAAGAAUGUGUUUUAAAAAACGAUGAUUUAAUUAAUAAUAAUUUUAUUAACUAUAAUGUAAGAAAUAUAAAUAAAAAUAUAAAAAACAUAGAUAAAAAAUUGAACAAAAAAAAGUAUGAUAACUUAUUAUAUAAUUCUUUAAGCUUAGAAAAUUUAGAAAAUUCAAAUGAAAAUUACGUGAAUUUUGAUAAACAAUAUAACGAAUGUAAUGAAAAAGAAAAAAAUCUUACAAAAAAUGAAAAUAUUAAUGAGGAAAUAAAAAAAAAUGAAAAUGGUAUUGAUCUUAUUAAUAAUAAAAUAGAAACACUUAAUGUAACAGACACAUAUAUAAAUGAUAAAUUAUUAGAUAAUAAUUUGAUAUAUAAAGUAAAAAAUGAUAAAUAUAAAAAUCCAAAUGAUUUAUUUGAUGAUAUUCAUGAUAGUGUUAAUAAAUUUAAUUGGGGAUAA